AUGGAGCAUCACGAGCCAGUAGCAACGUCACCGCAAUCGCAGCCCCGCCUUACACAUCUCCCAUACGAGCUCAUCAACAACAUUGGUGUUUUUCUAUCAAGCCGAGAUCUCAAAAACUUCAGACUCUCAUGUAGAGCGAUUGUGGAAUGUACCAAACCACUCCUUGCGUUGCCCAAUUUCGAUGGCGUCCCGUGGAGGAAAGAUGGAGAGAGGCUAAAUCAUCUUUCCCUUAUACCGAGCUGCGCAAGGCGCAUUCACUCGGUCAAGUUCAACAUGGCUCGCUUGGUUGAGGAAGAGGUCGAAUACGCUACAUCGCGAAUCAUCAACGCAAAUGAACUGAAUCGAGCCUGGGGUCCUUAUCUCGAGACUCAAGAUAUCUUCCUCGACCCAAUCGAGCUGCCUGUUGACCUGGUAGUUCCAGCUAUCAUGAGGCUACCCAAUCUCGAUUCCGUGUGCCUGACUUGGACGCAGUGUCCUUGGGAAGACUAUAGGGCAAUUGAAGAUGUCUUUGACCCGGAAGAAUCCAUGGAAUUAGCUGGCGAUGAGAUUCUAGAGUCACAGCAAGCCAUCUUGGAUGCUCUACUCAGACGCAACGUACCGCUUAAGAGUCUGACACUCGAGCCGAUAAUGCAUCCGUACCUGAAGCUACCAUCCACGCUGGACCCAAGAGUAUCAACAGUCUUUGGGUCGGUGACCCAGCUGCACUUGCAUCUGAAAUACGACGUCAUCUCCUUCAAGCCAGACCGCCUCGAUUACUUCAUCUCUCUGAUGCCCAACAUCCGAGACUUAAAAGUCCACAGCACUCCUGUCGAGUUCGAAGCCAGCGAUCUUGACUUCUACAUCAAGAAGAGGCUUCCUCACCUUGAGAAGAUCGACCUAAGCUGUUUACAGAUCAACUUUGUGCACUUUGUCCGUCUGAUUAUCGAACACCGUUCAACACUCAAGGAAGUUGACCUGCAGAGUAUAUAUGGAUGGUGUGAUCCUUUCAGUUCAACUGACAUUGAUUGGGAUUUCAUCUUUAAGCUCAUGAGGGAGAAACUCGAGGUGUUGGAGACGGUUCGAAUCAAUGGCAGAUUCAGUGACAACGUGGGCUGGUAUCAGAUCUUCUUUCGUAACGACGUGCCUGCUGUGGACACGAUUGUUAGGCUCAUGGGAGAGAAGAGUGAAAGGCUUGAGAGGUAUAUUCUCGAAGGAGGGGAGUAUCCUCAGCCUCUGUGGAGGAUAUAA